GCGUACACCUCCAGGCUUUGUCAACUUGAAUCGCUCAGGGCCGGAUGGUAGAUUCCUUAUUAGUCCCUUUUGACGUCCAAGGAGCGCACCCUCCUUUGCAGGGUUUACACGAUUUCUGCUUCAAAUUGCCAGCAGAGUUAAUUUAUAGAAUCGUGGAUCAUCUGGGAGACGAUCGACAAACUUUCAUUAUCUGUAAGCUAACAACUCUCAAGAAUAUGGCGUCCACGAUGCCGCUUCCAUUUUCUUCGAAGGGUCAGCCUAGAUUUGGGUUAUAUGCUUCGCCGAUUUGCGUCCGAGGAUCUCGUCUACGUCAUCGAGGAAGAACUAGUUCCAAAUGUGCUGAUACGGAAGAACUCUACCUCUCCGGUCAUGGACAUACGACAUCGUUGCGCAGAACCCUCGCCACUGUGCAAGAAUCGUCAUCGGACCUCGACCGCGACCUUCCUGUCCGUGAAUUAGUUCUCAAAUGUGUUCGCUUGGAUUAUUCCGUUCCUUCCGAUUAUCGUCCGUCGAGGCUUCUCCGUUAGUUCCCACAUCUGUCCGAAAUUCACCUUCUGGACUCGUCAUCGUUGGAAUUGUCCGAUGGUGUCCGCCUGCGAGAGUUUAUCACCACAUUCACGAUGCUCGACUCUUUUACGUUCAUGAUACCAGAGUGGGGCAUACAUGCAUAUAUCUUAUGCACUGCCGCCUUCUCUCAAAACUCUAACCGUGGAAUUCGAAGGACCGGAUAUGACUUCAAUGACAUCUCGAACGGAGCGAUUUUGGGGCGUAUUUGAUGAUGCAAUACCACAAUAUACGAACCUAGAGUCU